AUGAGUGCCCCCUCUUCCCAACCGGAACAACAAUCCUACCCCUCCGUCUCCCCCUACCCCACCUCCUCCGCCCCCUCCAUGCCCUCCGCCGGGCCCGGAUCAGGCUUCCCUCCCAAGUCCGGACUCGCAGGUAUGCAGUCGCACGUGCCCCAGAUGGGCGGUUCCCCAUCGGGCGGCGGCGGUGGCGGUGGUCCCGGAGGCUACUCGGGAGGAAUGAUGGGUGGAUCCGGAUCCGCCUCUGGGGGAUCGAUGGCUCCCGGGUCGGGCUCGGGAGUGAGGGGCGGCCUGCCAGAAGAGAAGAAUGUCGCGCAGAUGGUGCAGGAGCAUACCAACAAGUAUGCGCGGCGCUUCCAGAUGAUUCUGGAUAGGAGCACGCCGAUGGUUGUGGAGAGGUGGUGUGGGACCUUGGGGGUGUUUUUGAUGUUUGCGCUGAAUGUGGUUUUGAGGCAGGGGUGGUACAUCGUCUGCUACGCCCUCGCCAUCUACAUCCUGAACCUCUUCCUCGCGUUCCUGCAACCCCGAUUCGACCCGUCCGUCGCUGCCGAUCUCGCCGCAGACGACGUGGAGGAAGGUGCGCCCGGUCUGCCGGGAGCGGGCGGGAGCUCCACACCGAGGUCAGCUGGGGGUAUCAAGGGGCUGAUGGCGGGGUUCAAGGCGGAGAGCGGAGAAGGGGACGAGGAGGAAUUUAGGCCGUUCAUCCGGAGAUUGCCUGAAUUCAAAUUCUGGUACUCUGCCACAAAAGCCACCCUGAUCGCCCUCUGUUGCACCAUCACCCGCGCGACUGACGUUCCCGUCUACUGGCCCAUCCUGCUCAUCUACUUCUUUACGCUAUUCGGUAUCACUAUGCGGAGGCAGAUCCAACACAUGAUCAAGUACAAGUAUGUGCCUUUCAACAUGGGAAAGAGCAAGUAUGGACGGGGCAAGUAA